AUGGUAGGGACUGGCACUGGGACGGGAAUGGGCACUGUGACUGUGAUGGACUGGGAGGGGAGCUCGGGAAGGGCACUGGGCAUCAUGUUGGGGUGCUGCUACCGGCUGAGCUGCAUCGCCUUCCUGUGCCCGUACUGGUACCUGUUCCUGCUGGACAAAACCUCCUGGAACAACCACUCCUACCUCUACGGGCUGCUGGGCUUCCAGCUGGCACUGCUGGGCGCUGACCGCUACGGGUCCGUGGACGGGCUGUUCCGUCCCCGCAAGCGCAACGCCCACGUCCCUCUGUGGAACUACGCCCUGCUGCGUGCCCAGGCUGACACUGAGGAAGGCUCUGUGGCCAGGCUGGUUCUGUCGGAGGAGCUGACCAGCCUGCUAGUGGUGCACGGGGGGGGGCUGGUGCUCGACCUCUCUGCGGGUUUCCUGCUCUUCUUCGAUGCCACACGGCCCCUCGCCCUCGUCUUCGUCACCUACUUCCACUGCAUGAACUCCCAGCUCUUCAGCAUCGGGAUGUUCUCCUACACCAUGCUGGCCACCAACGGCCUGUUCUGCCGGGUGUCCCCGGAGCCCUCGUGUUACAUGUACCUGUACGUGAACACCACGGCCCUGGAGCUGGAGCGGAACCUGACGCGGCUGCGGGAGCUGCGGGACCGAGUGCGCAACGGCACCGGUGAGGGACCCCCGAGCAGCGCACCCCGGGCCCCCAAAGUCCCUGAUACCUCCCCAGGAGAAUCCCAAAACCCCAGGCAUCUCACCCCCUGGGGGGCACUCAGGGUGGGGAGAUCACAGGGACCCCCCAGUCCCUGGCACUGCUGAGCAGUGGGGAGACACCGCCCUCUCCCCCAAAUCCCUGUCAGUUCACUCCCUGGGAUCACAGGAACCCUAAAAACCCCAUCACCUCCCACGCUGGGUAGCACCAGGGGCAUGAGGACCCUAAAAUCCCUGUCACCUCACCCCCAUGGUGGGCACCCAGAUGUGGGGGAGACUGUGGGGACCCCAAAAGCUCCAUCACCUCAGCCCGUGUUGAGCUGAGAGAGAUCAUGGAGGGCCUCCAUUCCCUAUCACUGGGGUGGGGGGACCACAGGGCCCCCAAAAUCCCUGUCAUCUCAUCUUCUGGUGAGCACUGGGGUGGUGGGAUCAUAGAGACCCUCAAUCUCUCUCCGUAGAGUGGGGGGAAUCAUGGCAACCCCCCCAGUUUCCAUCACAAGGCUGGGGGAAUCACAGGAACCCCCAGUCCCUGUCACUGGAGUGGGGGGACCAUGGGGACCCCCAAAAUCCCUGUCACUGGGGUGUGGAGAUCAUGGCAACACCCCCAGUUCCCACCACCAGGCUGUGGGAUAACGGAGACCCCCAGAAUCCCUGUCAGGGGGGUGGGGGAUCAUGGGGACCCCCAAUCCCUGUCACUAGGGAUGGGACAUCAUGGCAACCCCCCCAAUCCCUGUCACUGGCCAGGGGGAUCAUGGGGACCCCCAAUCCCUGUCACUGGCCAGGG